AUGCUCGCGCUCCGGAGGACCCAUCUCGUGGCGACGCACCUGCAGCGCCACCACGGCCAGCCGCGCGUCUUCCGCAUCCUCUCGCUCUCGACGCGGACGGACUCGCAGCUCUCGUCGGUCGCCACGACGUCGCAGGUGACGGCCGCGACGACGCUCACGCUCUCGGAGCGCGUUGGCAUCUACAACCAGCUGGCCAAGGCGCGCCUGAGCGCGCUCGUGGUCGUGACGGCGGGCGCGGGCUUCUUUAUGAUGGGCGGGCCGGUGUCGUGGGGCUCGUUUGCGGCACUGGCUGUCGGCACGACCUUGGCGUCUGCGAGCGCCAACACGUUCAACCAGGCGUACGAGAUCCGCACGGACGGCCUCAUGAAGCGGACGAUGAUGCGGCCGCUCGUGCGUGGCACGAUCACCAAGAACCACGCGCUCGCGUUCGGCGCCGCGACCGCCGUCUCGAGCACGGCGAUCCUUGCCGCCGGCUGUAACCCACUCACGGCGGGCUUGAGCCUCUUCAACAUUGGCCUCUACUCGUGCAUCUACACGCCGAUGAAGCAGACGUCCGAGUGGAACACGUGGGUCGGCGCGCUUGUCGGUGCCAUCCCACCGGUCAUGGGCGUCGCCGCGGCCAACGGCCUCCUCCUCUCGCCCGAAGCGCUCUUGACCGGGUCGGCGCUCUUCAUGUGGCAGAUGCCGCACUUCUUCGCGCUCAGCUGGCGUCUUCGCCACGACUAUGCGCGUGGCGGCUACAAGAUGAUCCCAUGCGCCGACCCGACAGGCUCGCGCACGGCGGGCGUCAUCAUGCGCUACGCCCUUGCGCUCUCGACGCUGCCGGUGGCUGCUGCGGCGACGGGCGCGACGAGCUACAUGUUUGCUGUCGAAGGUCUUGGCAUCAACGCGUAUGCGGUGCACCUCGCGCGCCAGUUUUACAAGAACCCGUCAACCGCCAACGCCAACAAGGUGUUUUUCUGCUCGCUCUGGUACCUCCCGGCCGUGCUCGGCCUCAUGGUCUUCCACAGUAAGAACUGGACCAAGGACGACGAGGCUACUGCGGACACGGAGCGCCAAGCCGACGGCUCGAUCUACGCGCUCCUCGACGGCUCCUCGGCAACCGCUGAAGGCGAGUCGUUCCGGCCACUGCCGGUCGCUGACAAGCUCAAGGAGCUCGUGCUCUCGACCCGUGCGCAGCUCAAGGAACGCCGAGAAGACGCGGGCCUCAAGCAGGACGACACGCACCUCUUUUGCCCCGUGGUCGCGACCGACGCCGCUGUCGACACGACGCAGGCGCUCAAGGUCAUGACCGAAAAGACCAUGUAG